AUGGCAGAGUCAGCCUCAAUCGAUGAUCGUCUCAUUGAGCGACUGACAGACCGGCUGCGCACGUCGUCGAGACUCGCUUCUGCAGACUUCAAAAUGACGACUGGGGACAUUGGAAUCCUCAAAUCCACACUUUUACCUUCAUGUGGAAUAUAUUCAGGGCUCUCGCUCGCAACCUUUGUUGCUGCCAAGGCCACAGACCGAGUCGAACUUAAGGACUGGCUAUGGCCCUCCGGCCAGGUCGCCAAUGCGUGGUGGAGCGCGUUGGACUCAAAAAAUACUUCUCGGGGCGUAACUAUCUGGGGAACGCGACUGUUCGCACGAAUUGCGAGCCGCUCUCUUGCUCGUGGAAAGGAUGAUUCGCGAUACGACACAGUCAAGAAAGAGCGUGGAUUCUGGAAAUCAGCGUUGUUCAAGAUUUUCUUGCCAGAGGUACUCGUCCUUAGUCUCAUCUCACUACCUAUCACUACGCCGUUUUCGAUGAAUCGCACCACACUCUCACUGAAUUCAAAUUCCAUCAGUACGGUGCGUGCUCUAGGUGUCGGCUUGUUCAGUGCCGGCUUUGCGCUGGAGGUCUUGGCGGACACGCAGCUUGAAUUGCAUCGCAAAGAACGGGACGAUUUGUGUCGACAUGGUGUGUGGAGUAUUGUGCGCCAUCCCAACUAUUUGGGUGACACCCUUGUGCAUCUUUCAUUUGCAAUCCUCAACCUUGCUGACUCUUUCAAUCCUAUCGUGAUUCUUGGACCUCUUGCUAAUUACGCAUUCCUUCGCUAUGUUGGUGGCGACAAGCAGACCGAGGAGAGCCAGGAAGUGCGGUACCAGGUGAAUGACCCCCACAAGUAUCAGCAGUUCAAGCAAUGGCGUCGAGAGAAGAACAGCUUCUGGCCUUCAAUGCGCGAUCUGCUCAAUCCCUGGACAUUGGCGGUCGCUGGCUGCGGUUUGAUUGGUGUCGUUGUCGAGGAAUCAUUGAGAGCAACAUGUACUGUCUAG